CUUUUUCUCUCUGAAGCCUGAAUUACCACUCAUCCUACAUUCUCUAUAUAUAUUUUUUUAGUAAUUUUCUCUCUCCUGCCGCAAUUCUUCUUGGCUGUGUUUUUUAUUAGUUGGAGAAAUGCAAGAACAAGCCACGAGUUCUAUCGCCGCCAGCUCUCUGCCUUCUAGCAGUGAGAGAUCUUCUAGCUCUGCCCUUAACGCUGAAGUUAAAGAAGGAAUGGAGAGUGAUGAUGAGAUCAGAAGAGUGCCGGAGAUGGGUGCGGAGGCAGCCGGCACGACAACCUCAGGCCGGGAUGGAGGUUUGUUAGCGGGGCCCGCGCAGCCGUCAGCUGCCGGCUCGAAGAGGAGAGGGAGGAGCCCUGCUGACAAAGAAAACAAGAGGUUAAAACGGCUGUUGAGGAAUAGAGUCUCAGCUCAGCAAGCGAGGGAGAGGAAGAAGGCGUAUUUGAUCGAUUUGGAGGCUCGAGUUAAGGAGUUAGAAACUAAGAAUGCUGAGCUUGAAGAGAGGCUCUCCACUUUGCAAAAUGAGAACCAAAUGCUUAGACAGAUACUGAAGAACACGACUGCAGGAGCGCAAGAGGGAAGAAAGUAGGAAUGUGAUGUUCAGAUGUUGGAUGUGAAGAAUACAAGUGAGAGGGUGACGGAGAGUUUCCCUUCGAGGCAAUGCUGCAUUGGAUCUCUAUUCACUCUUGUCAUGUUGAGAAGGGGUUGAUUCUGUCGAGCUAGCUUCUUCUCCAGUUGAUGAUGGCGUGCAGUUAGAUUAUUGUAGAAUGCAUUAGCUGCUGCUAGAGCUUGAGUUGUUGUAUGUAAGUUGCUGCUAGAGAGAGGAAGUUGCCAAGGAUCAUGGAAUGAAAUAUAGUAUGUUGUCAUUUCCCCUUACCAUCCAAAUUCAAGAAAUUAGAGUUCUUGAUGUAUGACAUGCUUGCUCGUACGAGUUUGUAGAUGUGAAAAACGAUGUAGACAUGUCUAAGAUAGUAUCUUAUAUGCA